AAGAAAGCUGUCUUAUCAAUUGUUUAAUUCUUUUCUGCCAAAUUCUAUGAUUAUAUUUUUCACACAAUAAGAAAAGGACAAAAAGAGUUAUCUUGCAAAAUCAAUAUCUACAGAUUGCCUCAAUUAUAUUAAUCAUUGAGGAGUUCCUCUUGAAGAUUGAAGCAUGGCAUCCUGCAGUCUUCUCGUUGUUUUUCUCUUGGGUGUAAACCUCCUUUUACUAGUUUCUGCAAGUUCUGGAAUUAAUUCUGAUGUGUCUGAAAUUCCUGUGAAUGACGUCACUGAGGGAAGCCUGAAAGUGGAAGCCCUCCCCACUAUUAUUUCCAAUUGUGAUUGUGGAACUGGCUCCAUAGCAUGCGUCAAAGUAGGUGAACAAAAAGUUUGUCUUUGCGAAGAUGGUAGAGCUCAAAGAGGAGACACAUGCGAAGUUGUUGUUUCUGCUGGAUGGAGAACAGGCGGCAUCAUCCUAAUUGUGCUUUUCAUUAUCACCCUUUUAGGAUUUGGAUUCUUCGUUUACAAAAGCAGGCAAUAGUAAACGAAGAGAUUGCUUUGAUGGAAGAGAUUACAUUGAAAAGAUUACUGGACAAUUAAAAAUCAUCAAAGAUAUUGAAUAUUUAUUACAUAAUGACCAUUUAUUGAAAUUUUAUGUUGUCUUCUUUCGAAAUUCGUAAUUUUUUCAGCUCUCGUAAAAAAUGUUUUUUUUUUCUUCUU